AUGAGUACGAGCAAUCUUGGAGAAAAUAUAUUGUAUGGAAUUGGGUGCACGACUGAUUUAUUUGAUUUCUUUCUUUCUCCCAAAGAUCAAUCCAAGAAUGCAUUACAAGUCUUUCGAAAUAUGUUAUUCGAAUUGAGACAUGAUAAUAAUUAUUGUUUAUUUAAUAGAAUGUUACACAAUGCCAUUAGCUAUGAUAAAUAUGGUAGAUUUGGUAUCGAGAUUAAAACGAGCCUUUCACCGACAAUUGUGACACGUAUGAGAAAGUUAAAAAGUUGCUAUUCAGCCAUUAGUCCUCAAACGGAAAAGAAAUGUAUGGAAAUGAUAAGAAAAUGUAACUUGCCUCAAAUAAUUAUGAAUGUCGAUCGGCCUUUUGAUACUCAAAGUGAAAACAUUAAGGAUGAAUUGAUGGCGUUAUUUCGAGAGUGGAAUUUGAUUGUUGAUCAUUGA